CUUUCAACACUGACGGGAUGUAUCAUUUGCUCUGAUAGAUAGCUAGGAAUAUCAAUACAUUCGAUGUGGUUUUACACCCAAACUGGAUUAAUACCGUAACCAUCAAGUAGGAAUGUGUGUGUGAAAAAAAGAUGGCAUAUUGCCUGUUGCCGACACGGCACUGGAUAUUAAGAAUAAUUUUACUUUUUCUGUUUUUAACAGAAUGCCAGGUUCUGGCUAUUGCUUGGAUGUCUCUAGGUGUUGCUUCCCUAGCAGGAUCUUUGCAAAAAGAUGACUGUGAAAUACCUGGCCUUGUUAUUCAACAGAAAGAAGUGUGCUUGAAAAAUCCAGAAUCUGUUUAUUGUAUCGGUGAAGGUGCUCGACGUGGAAUCAUAGAAUGUCAAAAACAAUUUAAAUUUGAAAGAUGGAAUUGUACUCUUGUAGGAAAUCAGACAGUUUUUGGACACGUUCUUAGUAAAGGAACCAGAGAAACUGCUUUCAUUUAUGCCAUAUUGAGUGCCGGGGUAGUGCAUUCUGUGACGCAAUCGUGUAGUGCGGGAAAUUUAACAGACUGUUCUUGUGACAUGAGUCGCUAUGGACAAGACAAUAAAGGAGAGGGCUUCCAGUGGGGUGGAUGCUCCGAUAAUGUAGACUAUGGCUUAAAAUUUAGCCAAGGUUUUGUGGACGCCCCAGAGAUAGUGCGACACGAAGACUCUAGGGAUAUACGCAAUUUGAUGAAUUUACAUAAUAAUGAAGUGGGUAGAAAGAUCAUACAAAAAAAUAUGCAGCUGCGAUGUCGCUGCCAUGGUGUUUCUGGUUCUUGUGCGGUUAAAACAUGUUUCCGAAGUCUACCAAGCUUCUAUCACGUGGGCUUAGAUUUGAAGGACAAGUAUGAAAAUUCUGUGAGAUUAGCCAGACGUUCUCGAAAGAAGUUGCGCAGAAAAGACAAAUCCAAAAGAAAAAGCGCCAUUACGAGUGAGGAGUUGGUGUAUGUUCACCGUUCACCCAACUACUGCAAAGAAGACGUUAAACGCGGCAUAUUCGGCACAAGAGGACGGGUGUGCAAUAGGACCUCCCCAACGGAGGAAAGUUGUGAUCUAUUAUGUUGUGGUCGGGGAUAUAAUACUCAGGUAGUGAAAUAUGUCGAAAGAUGCCACUGUAAGUUCUUCUGGUGUUGCUACGUCAAAUGUAAAACGUGUGAAACAAUGAUGGAUAUUCAUACGUGCAAAUGAUCGGAAGAACUGCUUACAAGUAUGUGCUCUACGGUGUAAACACCACAGCAAGGUGAUUCGAGAAAAAAUUCAAAUGUUUUUGUGAUCAAGUUAUAUAAUAAGUUAUUUGCAGAACGCUAUCAAAACGAGGAGGACACAGAAAUAAGCAAGGAUUUACGUUGAGAUAGACGGGCGAAUUUUGAUGUGCUUAACUCAACUUCAAUAAAGAUAGUAAUUGACAUUUCUUUCAGUUAAUUAAGAAAAUGUAUUAUAUAUUGAAUUAGACGCACAUCGUUGGUCAGACAAAACGUUAUUGCAAGGGAUAUUAACAGCAGCAUGCAAGAAACUAAUGGGGGGUCCGCCUUAAUAUCUCAGAUUCUAGAAGCAUUAGAGUUUGACCUACACAAUAACGAAGUACAGGGCCAAUUAGGAUAAUGUGUGCUUUUAUCAGUCAAUUUAUUAUAUACAUAAAUAUAUACUAGAUUUACCUUUAUUUAUUAACAUUAACGUCGACUGAUAAAGAUCCGCAUAUCUCUAUUUUAUUGACACUAUUGGACCUUUUUAUUGGUACCAUAUAAAUUGAAUACUCGUGGCUAUAUUAUUAAAGUACACUCACCGUUUUAAUGGAAAAGGAGUACAUAUACUGCCGUGUAGCCUUUGACGAUAAUAAUUAUGAUUAAAUAUUAUUAGUUUUAUGAAAAUAUUUCAUACACGUUGUCUUGUUUUAGAAAGUAUAUAGUAUUAUCAUAUAUUUAAUACGCGAUUUAUUGCAAGUAAUGUGAUGAAAUGAUAUGCCAUAAUAAAUUAUAAUUUCAAAUUAUCUGUUCAAGGCAGAUUUUUGCCCCUCCAACUACAUUGUAUUUAGUUUUAUGUUCAUUUAAGGCGAAUCACGGGUAAGGACGUUGCACUCUUGGCCAACCAAGUGCUUCACUUAUAAUUGAGCACUCUUCCAAAUUACUGUCUGUCGCCAAACUACGCCUAUCUACUCUUUUUAUUGCCCCUAAUUAAUGGAAUUGCUGAAGUAGUAAGAGAAAUUAUACCCGGCCUAGUUUAGGACACCCGUAAACAGUUUGGCAGCGAUAGUGUCAUUGGUUGUAGAAAGAGUAAGAAUAAGCUUGCCUAUAACCCUUAAUCAUUAUUCAUUUCAUAUAUACCUGUAUAGAAGUGAAGUAUAAAUUAAUAUAACCUACCAUAAGUAAAAUAGAUAUAUAUAAAAUAUCUGCCGCGAUCUGUAUAUUAUAACCAUGAAGUAGUUGUUAUAUGUUUUUAAAGUAUGAGUGUAUUUAAUGAAUGUGUAUUUUGAAACAAUUAAUGUAUAUAUAGUGCUAGUAACUGUUUAUAAAUAUUGGAGUAGGCCUAUCUAUAUUGGUUUUGUAUAUAAUUAACGUACCGGCAUAUUUCUAUUUGUAGUCUUCUUAUAUAUGUAUUGCAAAAGACGAAUCGUUAAUAUGAACUUUCUUGUCGUUAUCAUCAAACUAUAUUCCAGAAAACUCGACGUUUCUACCUGGGAUUAUACAUGUACUUAAUUAAAACUUGUUAUUUUAUAGUAUCUCAAUUAUAUUAAUCUGUUUUAAAGGGACACUAUUACUGUUAAAAAACCUUUUCAUUUUGGCGAGAUUUAAAUAUAUUGGGACAUAUUUGAAGUGUAUUGUGUGCAAACUUGUGUGCCAAUGUCCAGCAAAAAAACCCCCCGCAACUAGUAUAUAGAUACUGCUAUUGUAUUCAGUUCUUAAAUGGUCAUAUUGUGGAGUUUUCCUUGCUCCAUGGGUAUUUUCAAUUAUUACUAUUUCCCCUAGAAAGUGAUAUUGCCUCCUUAACAGAGCAUAUAACAUAUUGUACAGCAUGAAUAAUCCCGAUGGACAAUAUCUGCUUUGAAUAUAAAUAUUAUAAAACAAAUCAUGCCACAUAUAAACGUAGAUUUUUUGGACAUGUUGCCUUUUAUAUUAGUAAAUUCAAAGGUACAUCGGAUUCUUUUUGUACCGUGCAUAGUGACAUUAAUGUAUAUAGCGGCAAUACUCAAAGUUAAGAUAUAUAUUAACUUAACAGCAAUUAACACAUUGAAUUCGAUUUAAUGACAUUUUCUUAUGAAUGUACUCGUAUAGUUUAUUGUGUUUUAUGUCAUAUCUGUUGUCUCUAAGUUUGUCAUGAGAACAUUAUACGAAAUAAAUUCAUAAAUAGAG